AUGGAAACUUUAUCAGAAUGGUUUAAAAUAAACUUUAAAAUCUACAAGAUAUUCGGAUUAUGGCCAGGAGAAAGGCCACAUGGCGCUUAUAAAUAUUAUUCUAUUAUAUUUUUAUUUAUCGCUUUCGUUACUUUCAGUUCCUUGUGGUGGAUUAACUUGAUAUUUAUUCCAAGGAAAAUAGAAGUUAUAGUUCCUGAUGUUGUUUUUAUCUUUACGGAAAUUGUCAUGAUUAUCAAGGCUCUUAUGAUAAUGUUUAAGCGCAAAGAUCUUGUAGAAGCUCUCAAAAUGUUAGACUCUAAACCCUUCCAGGGGAGAGAUACUGCAAGUAUUAACAUAGUUGUCAGAUAUAAAAGAAACUACAGACUAUAUUGGUUAAUCUAUACUAUUCUGGCACACAUUGCGUAUGUUUUGCGAAUGUUUAUACCGUUAUUCUCUCACGUGAUAUAUAAUACGACCCUAGAGUUGCCGAUAUGUAGUUUUUCAUUUCUAGAUGUAGAGACUCUAAAUCGUUAUUUUAUUUCAUUUUACUUCUAUCAGUCAAUCUUUAUAUAUUCGCAUAUGUUAUUAAAUCUUAAUACAGACACAUUGAUAGCCGGCUUAAUACUCAUGGCAAUUGUACAAGUGAAAGUUUUACAACACGAGUUACAGAGUUUAAGGGUUGAUAAAAAAUGGAUCAAAAUGAAUAAGUCGUUCCAAGAUGCUCUUCAGAUAUCAAAGUUGAGAAGAACGUUAGAACAUUAUGAAGAAAUACUAAAAUAUUGUUCCGUGCUCCAAGACAUCCUAAGUGUUACUAUGUUCUUUCAAUUUACCAUAGCCUCAGGACUUAUUUGCGUCAUAUUAAUGUGUUGUCUACUUUUGGUAAUAUUACAAUUCUUUAGUAGCAUUAAUUUGUAUUAG